AGUAGCUAAUGCUGACUGAGACAAAAUAAUGAAUUAAGAAAUUUUAAUAUUUGAAUUUACUUGGUAACUUGUAUGACCACGAAUGCACACAGAAUGUCCGCUCAGGUUUUUUAUUUUGAAGCUGUUGGCUCUUAGUCUUCAGGAUGUACGGAUCCUUUCGGACGCUGCUGCAGGUGCUGUGGGCCCAGCUGCUCUGGGGGUGGGUGCUUGGCUCCGAGCUAACAUUUGAGCUGCCAGACAACGCUAAGCAGUGUUUCUACGAGGACAUCAUCAUCGGCACUAAGUGUACACUGGAGUUUCAGGUGGUGACUGGUGGCCAUUAUGAUGUGGACUGUCGUUUGGAGGACCCAGAGGGCAAUACACUCUAUAAGGAGAUGAAGAAGCAAUAUGACAGCUUUACCUUCACAGCAUCCAGGAAUGGCACCUAUAAGUUUUGCUUCAGUAAUGAGUUCUCCACCUUCACGCACAAGACUGUUUAUUUUGACUUCCAGGUUGGCGAUGAUCCUCCACUCUUUCCCAAUGAGAACAGAGUCACUGCUCUCACCCAGAUGGAAUCAGCCUGCGUGUCCAUCCAUGAGGCCCUUAAGUCAGUCAUCGACUACCAAACACAUUUCCGCCUCCGUGAGGCUCAGGGACGCAGUCGGGCAGAGGACCUCAACACCCGUGUUGCGUUCUGGUCCAUCGGAGAAGCCAUUAUUCUUCUGGUGGUCAGCAUCAGCCAGGUGGUCCUGCUGAGAAGCUUCUUCUCUGACAAGAAGACCACUACGACUCGUGUCGGAUCAUAACAGUCUCUGAAAUGUGGGAUCUGAUUCAUCACUUUCUUUAUCUUUACAUGGGCUUGUGUGCUUAGAGUUGGUUAGAACAGCAGUGCCGAUCUGAAAUUGGAUCAUAUCACACUGCCGGGUCAUACAAUCUGACAUGUCAUCCACAUUCAGCACUGCUGUUCUUAGAAACUUUAUGCAUGUGAGACUGGAGCAAAAAAGAUUAGGUGUUUAAAAUGUUUUUUAGGGGUUUAAGAAAAAACCUGAAGAAAGCCUAGGUUGUGUUGCUUGUAACUAUCUGUAUUUGAGGCAGUUCAAGCAGCUGGUCACGUACUUUAAGCAAAUCUUACAAACUUUGAAUAUUUGAAAUAAUUUCUUAAUGUGUUGUUAUAUUAUUUGUAUCCUUUUCUGCCCCAUCAUCCCAUACCCCUCUCCCCAUGAACUGUUCCAUUUUUCAGCCAAAACUGUGCACUGAAAUAACCAAGGGAGUGGAAGUUGUAACUAAAUGUACUCGAUGGUCGGUCUCAUAAUGUAAGGUUUCUGUGGAUUUCUUUUCUUAUCUGCAGAGCAUUGUGUCUCUAUAACCACACUAGCAAGGCAAAGGUUGCAUUUGGUUAUGAAAAAAAUCUGUUUAAUUUUUUUGUUUGUUAUUAAAACUCACUGUAUUUAGUGAGAGAGACUAGAUAUUGUGUUUGCUUUUAUCAGCUUUUUUAUUUUAGAUGAGCUAUUUGAAGGGACAUGCUGUACAUAAAGUAAGCCAUCCUUUAAUUUAAUAUCAGCUUGAAACAGUCGAACAAAAGUUUGUAUUUGGGUUGAGCGAUUGAUGGUCUCCCUUUAGUGACUGCGGUCCCCAACUCUUAAAAAACAAUUUUUUUACACAUCAGUCUAAAGUAAUGCUUCAGUUUGACCACACCUAGGUGAAUACCUAAACAUGUUAUAAUUACUGGUAGGAAUUUCUUUAUUAAAUUCUAUGUGACUCACUGUGGGGGGAAACCCUAAUAUUAUUCUUGUUUGGAAAUUACAUUACAUUUUGUGUGUUAAGUGGCAACACCAACAGGUUUAAGUGCACCAACCUGUUAUAAAAACUUUGUCUUCCACCGGUUCCCUCACAAUGUUAUAUCUAGUGCUGUCUUUGCUGUUUUAAGUGCAACAACUUAUUUAUCUUGCGGGCUGAUAUCUUCCUCUUCAUUUUAUAAAGUACUGUUGUAAAAUUCAUCUUAUUUUGAAAAAUACUUCUUAAAUAUAAUAUAAUUGUAGUAAUUUUGAGUUGUAGUUUUAAUCAGAAAUAAUUUCCCCUCACCAACUACACAAUUCUUUUCCAAAAAGAAACGGGGAGAAAGACUUGAACAGAGUAAAUGUAAUUAUUAACACUGUUAUUUGUUAGUUUUUCAUCUGAUUCAAUUAGCAAUAUUAGAAAAAUUCUGAAGAUGCAUGUUUCAAGUUUCUUAAGAUUUUCAUUAAACAUUUAAGCCUGCAGGAAGGGCAACAUGUGGUAGUUGCAAACU